AUGGGUCGUUGGUGGGUACCUAAUGACCUAGAGCUUAGGAAGAAGAUUCUCGAAGAAGCUCAUUGCACUCCCUAUUUUGUUCAUCCUGGAGGUGAUAAGCUUUACAAAGAUCUCAAGGCUAAUUUCUGGUGGCCUUGUAUGAAGAGGGAAGUGCUCGAUGGAAUUUGUUAUGGGUUUCCGAGAGCUGCUGGUGGUAAGAAUGUCAUGUGGGUGAUCGUAGACCGGUUGACUAAGGUGGCUCGAUUUAUUCCGAUGAAGAAUACUUGGUCUAUGGAAGAGUUAGCGGAAGCUUACGCUAAUGAAAUCAUUCGAUUGCAUGGUGUUCCGAAGGAUAUAGUCUCUGAUCGUGACCCUAGGUUUUUGUCUCAUUUUGGGUUGCUCUGCAAGAAGCUUUUGGAGUCCUGGUUGAAGUCAUUGAAUUUGGUAGAGUUCUCUUACAACAACAGUUACCAUGCUAGCAUUCUGAUGGCUCCUUAUGAAGCCUUGUAUGGGCGAAAGUGUCGUAGUCCUACUUGUUGGAGCGACAUAAGUGACUCUUUGGUGUUGGGACCAGACUUGAUCCAAGAUACCGUUGAGCAAGUAAAGGUGAUUCAGGCUAGAAUGAAGGCUGCUCAAGAUAGGCAAAAGUCUUAUGCAGACUUGCAUCGGAAGCCUAUUUCUUACGCCGUUGGAGAUAGGGUGCUGUUGAAAGUAUCUCCGAUGAAGGGUGUGGCGAGAUUUGGGCAAAAAGGCAAGUUAAGCCCGAAGUAUGUUGGUCCCUAUGAGAUUCUCGAGAGGAUUGGGGAGGUAGCUUACAGAUUGGCUAUGCCACCCGAGUUAUCGAGGGUGCACGAUGUGUUCCAUGUGUCGCAGUUGCGAAGAUAUUGCAGUGAUCCGUCUCAUGUCAUUCCUAUAGAGUCGGUCUCUAUUGAGCCGAAUAUGACUUUCGAGGAGCGACCUGUCCAGAUCUUUGACCGUCAGAAUCGUCCCCUGAGAAGAAAGGUGAUACCCUUGGUUAAGGAACUUUGGAGAAGCCAAAAAUACGAGGAAGCCACUUGGGAAACGGAAGAGUCGAUGAGGCUUAAGUAUCCCGAACUUUUUGUCCCAGAACGCAUUUCAGCUUCCCUGAGAAGUUUAGUAGGCAGUAAAAAAGUACAGAAAAAGACAAAGAAGUGGCAGAAUGUUAUUGAGGAUGACACAGAUUAUAUUCCUACCUCUAGUGAUGAAGAACAAGACAUACAUAUUUUAGACGAUGAAUAUGAGAAUAAAAAAUAA